AUGACGCGAGCUUAUACUAUGAAGGGGAAGAAGCGAAAGAACAAGGAAGUGUCAACGAAGUACCACCGUGAAGAAGAUGAAGAAGAGCAAAUUCAACCUAAGAAACCGGCGAUUCAGAUAGAAAAACCAACGCCGGUAGUUUCUAGAACAGAGGAAAAUAGUGAACUUGUAGGUAUUCCAAUUGCUCCUUCGAUUGAUAAAAACAGUGAGGAACCAGGUGUUGUUUUCGUUCUCGAAAAAGCUUCUUUGGAAGUCGCUAAAGUUGGAAAGACUUAUCAGCUUUUGAACUCGGAUGAUCAUGCUAAUUUCCUUCGCAAACAUAAAAAGAAUCCUGGUGAUUACAGGCCUGACAUUUGUCAUCAGGCACUUCUAUCAAUUUUAGAUAGCCCACUAAAUAAAGCUGGGAGGUUGAAAGCGGUAUACAUAAGGACUGAAAAGGGUGUUCUUAUAGAGGUUAAGAACUAUGUUCGUAUUCCAAGAACAUUCAAACGGUUCGCUGGUGUCAUGUUGGAACUGCUUCAAAAAUUGAGUAUAUCUGCUGCUGGCAAGCGUGAAAAACUUCUCCGCACGAUCAAAAACCCCGUUACCGAGCAUUUGCCUCCCAACUCGCGAAAAGCAGGUUUAUCUUUUAGUUCAGACAAGUUGGUAAACAUGAAGGACUAUUUGUCAACAAUUCCAAGCGAUCAAGACCUCGUCUUUGUGGUAGGAGCAAUGGCACAUGGGAAAGUUGAGACAGAUUACACAGAUGAUUAUAUAGCUGUUUCUGGUUACCCUUUAAGUGCUGCUUAUUGUAUUUCAAGGAUUUGUAAUGCCAUUGAAGCAAAGUGGAAGAUAGUGUAA